CAGCGAAAGGGGUAACAGGAAAUGAGAACGUGUCUCCUGGUGGAGCGGAACCAGGAGAAAGCAAGUGCUGGAUGCCAGCAGAACCAGGACAGAGCAAGUCUGAGAUCUGGAGUAGAGACGUGCCGAACUGAACCGGGCUGCAGUCCCCCCAUCAAACAGAGCGGAGACAGGGAGCUGCUGCAUGCCAAGCGGUGAUCCGUCCCAUCGGCCACCAGCCGAAUCUAGUCACCGGCAACCGCCCUCAGGAUGAGGCUAAAAGUGGGGUUCCUCCUGCGGAGUGCGCUCGUGGUCGGGACGUUCCUCGGUCUACUGUUGUUAUGGUCGUCCCUCUCACCAAAGAACGAUGACGAGAGUCCAUUUAGCAAAAGGGAGGAUAGUUUUUUGCCCAAAGGAGACCCGGCGGGACAGUUUAAGCCUGUGGUGCCAUGGCCUCACGUGGAGGGAGUGGAGGUCGACCUCAACUCCAUCAGACUCAAGCAUGAAAAGGCUGACCAAGACCCCAACCACCAACUCAACCAGAGACAGGUCAUUCAGCAGCAGUUUGCCACAUUCAAACCUCAGACUCAUCAGUACACCAGUCCCAUCCUAAGGAAAGGCACCCUAGGGAACUUUGAGCCCAAGGAACCUGAGCCUCAGGGGAUCCUCAAUGGUCCAGGAGAGGGAGCCAAGCCCUUGAUCCUGGGCUCAGAGUAUAAGGACUCAGUCCAGGCCUCCAUCAAAGAAUUCGGCUUCAAUAUGGUUGCUAGUGAUAUGAUCUCAAUGGACCGAACCAUCAGUGAUCUUCGCAAUGACGAGUGUAAGUAUUGGCACUACGAUGACAGACUGCUGACAUCCAGUGUGGUGAUUGUCUUCCACAAUGAGGGCUGGUCCACCCUCAUGAGAACUGUCCACAGCGUCAUCAAGAGGACUCCCAGACAGUACCUGGCUGAGAUUGUUAUGAUUGAUGACUUCAGCAACAAAGUCCAUCUGAAGGAGCGUCUGGAGGAGUACAUUAAACAAUGGAAUGGUCUGGUUAAGCUCUUCAGAAAUGACAAGAGAGAAGGACUAAUACAGGCCAGAAGUAUUGGAGCCAAGAAGGCCACUAAAGGACAGGUUCUGAUUUACCUGGAUGCUCAUUGUGAGGUUGGAAUUAACUGGUAUGCUCCCUUGAUUGCACCAAUUUCCAAAGACAGAACGGUGUGUACGGUGCCUUUGAUUGACUCCAUCCAUGGCGAGAGGUUUACCAUCGAGCCCCAAGGUGGAGGAGACGAGGACGGUUUUGCUAGAGGGGCCUGGGAUUGGAGCAUGCUCUGGAAGCGAGUUCCUCUGGGAGACAGAGAGAAAAAACUCAGAAAAACUCAAACUGAGCCCUAUAGAUCUCCAGCCAUGGCUGGGGGACUAUUUGCCAUAGAGAGAGACUACUUCUUUGAACUGGGUCUCUAUGACCCUGGACUGCAGAUAUGGGGAGGAGAGAACUUUGAAAUCUCAUACAAGAUCUGGCAGUGUGGUGGUCAGCUGCUUUUUGUUCCAUGUUCCCGUGUUGGUCAUAUCUACAGACUCCAAGGCUGGCAGGGAAAUCCCCCACCUGCACAUGUUGGAUCAUCCCCUACUUUGAAGAACUAUGUCCGUGUAGUGGAAGUGUGGUGGGAUGAGUACAAAGACUUCUUCUAUGCAAGCCGUCCAGAGACUCUCACUCUUGCUUACGGAGAUAUCAGUGAGCUGAAGCGCUUCAGGGAGGAACAUCGAUGCAAAAGUUUCAAGUGGUUCAUGGAGGAAAUAGCGUAUGACAUUCCAGUGCAUUACCCUCUUCCUCCCAAAAAUGUCGAGUGGGGGGAGAUCCGUGGCUUCGAGACAAGUUACUGCAUUGACAGCAUGGGACACACCAAUGGGGGGAAUGUGGAAAUUGGCCCAUGCCACAGGAUGGGAGGGAACCAGUUGUUCCGCAUCAAUGAAGCCAACCAGCUGAUGCAGUAUGACCAGUGCCUGACCAGAGGAGACAACGCAGCAGUUAUCAUCACUCACUGUGACCGCAACCAGUAUACUGAGUGGAAGUACUUUAAGGAUCUCCAUCGAUUUACUCACAUGCCAACAGGGAAAUGUAUGGACCGCUCUGACCUGCUCCACAAGGUCUUCAUAUCAGACUGUGACACCAGCAAAACCACUCAGAAAUGGGAGAUGAACAAUAUAGUUGCUGUAUGAAGACUGGAAACUGUGACAUUUCCACACGGGAACUGUAGAAGGACGUGCCAAGAAGGGCAUCCGCCUCGAAAAGUGGCUUUAGCAGGUGCUUUUAGCCCCAAAAAUGUUUGUCAGUUGUGGGUCAGUGUGGUACCGGGAUAUAACAAACACAAAGGAUCCCAGUGGAUACCGGGAAUGAAGCAGCUGGAGGUUUGAAGGAUCUGCUGGACGAACAGACAUGUGUCUCUGGACUUUUAUGAUGCUUGUGUUUGAAUGGUUUCUUAAUCUCUUUUUCUUUUGGGAUCUUACGUUUUUGUUAAUUGGCUGCAUCAAUUCAGGAACAUUAAAUAUGUCUUAAAGAUUUUUUAUAAUAAUGUGAUCAUCUUACCAAAGAGGCCUCCUGACGAGAGAACAUUUUAUUGAUUGGUUCAUUGUCCUUAUGAAGGGCAGGAAAAUUCCUAUUUAUUUAUUUUUUUUAAAAGUUUGGCUUCCAUGACCAGAAAUGGAAUGAAAAGUACGUGAAUGCUUCUCUAAGUCGUUGAAUAAAUUUGACAUUUCAACAAGACACUCCAUUAUGUUUCAGAAAGACAGCUUUCUGUGCUGACGUUUCAACUAAAAAGAGUCUAAUGUUAACAACCUUCAGGUUUUUUAUUUUUUUUAUACGUAUGGUCCUGUUCCUGUAGAACAACAGACAUGUGACACCUGCAGACUUCAAACAAGUGAAUCUACUCCCUAACAUGUUAAACAGGAUUAAAUAGACAUUCAUCUGUGAAGAAAAAGUCCUGAUGCUCUUAAAUUGGGCUCAGAUCAAACCAAGCAUUUGCUUUCUGACUGAUUUCUUCUCAAAAUCAGAUCAUUAUCUGAAAGUGUCUUGGUGAAACUAAAGAAAGUCUUGGUUAGGCUCUUGGUCCUUCCUCUUAUGUUGGGAAAAAUUCAAAGCCCAUUUUGUUUGUUGUUGCCGGCUUUGUGUGAAGAGGCUUUGGUGUUCAUUUGAUCAUGUUUACGGUUUGUUGUACAACAUAAAUAAUUUAUUUCUGUAUAACCUCAUGGUGAAAUAGAUAAAAGGUCAUCAAUGUAAAUAUCUAAUUUAUGGAAAAGAUUGAAUAUGGUUUGCAAGGAAAAGGUGAAGCAGAAAAUUAAAGUUUUUUUUGCUACCAA